AUGGCAACUUAUCUAAAAUCAGCACCAAUUUGGAUUUGUCAGCAACCUGAAAAUUGGGUGAGUUUUUUUGUUUAGCUGAAAUUUUCAGACAAAUUUAUUUUCACAUUUUUUGAUCAGCUAAAAAAGAGUUUAGCCAGACUUUAUAAAUCUUUUGGGAUUUGUAUUUCAUUUUUUUUAUUUUCAUUCUCAGCCAAAAUAUUUUUUUUUCUGAAAAUAAUUUUUUUUUAAUAUUCAAAUUUUAUUCCAAAUUACACAACAUUUUGAAAUUUUCCAAAACUAUAAAAAUAUUUCAGCCAGAAGAAAAUCUGUCACCAAUGUCUUCUGGAUCCGGAUCUUCACAAUCAUCAGAUGAUCAACAUCAAAACACCGUAGUUCAGCUCAAGAAAAUUCGAAAUGUUCGAAAAUCUGAUAAACAUCAUUGCUCGAUUUGUGGAGAUCGGGUAACUUUUUUUAAUAUAUAAAGGCUGGAAAUAUUUUUCUCUGAAAUUCUGAAAUUUUCAGCCAACUGGAUAUCAUUACGAUGUUUUGUCCUGCAAUGGAUGUAAAACAUUUUUCCGAAGAACAAUUAUAAAUAAACGGAAUUUCAAAUGCACAAAAGGUGGACAAUGUGAAUUUACUAAAGGUGAGUUUGAGAAAGCCUAGAUUUAGGCUGGAAAAUCUGAAUAGGCCCAGAUUUUCAGGCUUGAAAAUCGGGAUUUUUUGAGUCUAGAUAAUCCUAGGUUUUCUGCCCAAAAAUCCCCCAAAAACCAUUUUUUCUCCAGACUUCCGAUGUGCAUGCCGUGCGUGUCGUUUCAACAAAUGCGUGUUGGUCGGCAUGAAUCCGUCUGCAAUUCAAUUUCCAGCCAAAUAUGAGGAAGAUGCUCAUCAGGAUGAUUUUGAAAGUGAGGAGGAUGUGAAAAAAAUGUCGAUUUGCAAGUUUGAGAAGGAGAUUUUGGUGGAUGAGACUUUUCAGACUUAUCAACUUGUUGACGAAAUUGUGAGUUUUGGGAAUAGAAUAGCCUAGGAAAAGGCCUGAAGCCUUUUGGGCCUUUAAAAGCCUCCGGAAGACCUCUAAAGCUCUGUGAAGCCCUCUGAAGCCUCCUGAAGCCCUCUGAACCCUCAGAAAGCCUUCAGAAGCCUCCUGAAGCUUUCGGAAGCCCUCUGAUGCUUCCUGAAGCUUUAUGAAGCUUCUGAAGCUUCUAGAAUCCUCCUGAAGCCUUCUGAACUCUAGAAAGCUUUAUGCUAGACUUUUUAAAACUAGACUUCUGAAACUAGACUUUUCAAACUAGAAUUUUCAGUAAAUUUUUUCAUCUGGAAGUUUCUGAAAAUUUUUCAAUUUUCUAUGAAAAUUUUAAAACUCAGUGAAUUUUUCCCCGAAUUUCUUGAUCUCUGAAAAAUGAGUAAACCCCAAGAUGACAUGACUCGAAAAAAAGAAAGAAGUUUAUUUUUGGAUUAAAAACACAGCGACUAGAGUAAAAUGUGUGUAAUUGCAAAGGCAGAAACCACGAAACUGUGUAAUUAAGAGACGCAGAGAAAGAAAAAGUGUAUAAAUUGUGUUGGAUGAUUUUGUUUCCACCGAAAACAUGAGAUAAAAAUUUUAAUUUGGCAGGAUUUGGAAUUCCGGUUUAUAAAGGGGAGUUCUUAGGGUUCCUAGGGUUCUUAGGCUCAUUGGACAGGUUAGAACCAGACGGAGAGAGCGUUAGAGACGCAGAGAAAACGGAUAAUCUCAUAGAUCUGUUCUAUUUUUAGUUGGAGUUUGGAAGUUUUUUUUUUAGGAUUAACCAAUUUUUGAUCUUUUUUUUUGGAAAACUAAAGAACCUGAACAAUUUUUCUGAAAAUCUCAAAACCCUUCAAAAAAUCUGAAAACAUUUCCAGUCGCGCCGUGAAGAUGCCGUGCUCGCCAUUCGUCGUAGCCCUGAAAACCUGCCAGUCGAAAUGGAUUUUAGCCUAACUCAGGUUUUGCGAAAAACGCCGGUUCUUGGAAAAAACACACAAAUUACGGUGCCCGGAAAAUUGUAUCAAAAUGAUCGAGUCAGAUAUUGGAUGGUUUUUGAUUUGUAUUUGAAUGUUGAAUUUGCAAAGACUUUUGAUGUUUUUCGAGAGUUGAGGGAAAUUGAUCAGGUAUGUUUUUGGGCGCGAAAAUUUGGAGUCUUUUGAGCCUACAUAAGCCUAGAUUUCAGGCUCAAAAUUCUGGAAUUUUCGAGUCUAAAUAAGCCUAGAUUUCAGGCUAGAAAUUCUGGACUUUUUGAGCCUACAUAAGCCUAUAUUCCGGGCUUGAAAAUCGGGAAAGUUUGAGGCUAAAUAAGCCUAGAUUUCAGGCUAAAAACUCUGGAAUUUUUGAGCCUGAACAAGCCUAAUUUUUUUAAAGUUCUAGCUUUAAACCCUAGGCUUAUUUACACUCAAAAAACUCCGAAUUUUCAGCCAAAUCUGAUUCCAUUUUCAGAAAUCCCUAAUUUCUCACAUUGGUGGACUUCUGCACGUCGCCACCCAAUCAUUUUAUUCAUUUUUCGAAGCCAAAUCUGACACUUUGAUGUUUCCGGAUGGUACAAAUGCGUUUCAAAAUAAAAUGGAUGCGGUGAAAAUUGAUGCGAAACGGUGAGUAACCGUAGGCUUUGCAGUCCGGGAAAAAAAGGAUUCUGGAAUAUUUUCGGAUAAUUAAAAAGUUCAGAAGCAUUCUUCAGACCAAAAGUCUAGGCUGAAAAACUUUUCUAGAAAUUUUCAGAAGUGUAUUCAUCAAUUACUAUGCUGAAAUGUACAAUCUGCCAAUUUUUCGAAUUUCUCAACCUCAACAUGAAUCUGACAGAAUAUUCCUUUUUCAAAUCGAUCGCACUUUUUUCACCAAACAGUCUUGA